AGAUGACUGCAUUCUUCAAAACACUUCGAAAUCACUGGAAGAAGACUACAGCGGGGCUGUGUCUGCUGACGUGGGGAGGUCACUGGCUCUAUGGAAAGCACUGUGAUAACCUGCUAAGAAGAGCAGCCUGUCAAGAAGCUCAGGUGUUUGGCAACCAGCUCAUCCCUCCCAAUGCACAAGUGAAGAAAGCCACCGUCCUUCUCAACCCUGCAGCUUGCAAAGGUAAAGCCAGAACUCUAUUUGAAAAAAAUGCUGCCCCAAUUUUACACCUGUCUGGCAUGGAUGUGACUGUUGUCAAGACAGAUUACGAGGGACAAGCCAAGAAGCUCCUGGAACUGAUAGAAAGCACAGAUGUGAUCAUCGUUGCUGGAGGAGAUGGGACACUGCAGGAGGUUGUUACUGGAUUACUUCGAAGAACAGAUGAGGCCACCUUCAGUAAGAUUCCAAUUGGAUUCAUCCCGCUGGGACAGACCAGUAGUUUGAGUCACACACUCUUUGCCGAAAGUGGAAACAAAGUCCAACAUAUCACAGACGCCACGCUUGCCAUCGUGAAAGGAGAGACGGUUCCACUUGACGUCUUGCAGAUCAAGGGCGAAAAGGAUCUACCUGUAUUUGCAAUGACUGGCCUCCGAUGGGGAUCCUUCAGGGAUGCUGGCGUCAACGUUAGCAAGUACUGGUAUCUUGGUCCACUAAAAAUCAAAGCAGCCCACUUUUUCAGCACUCUUCAGGAGUGGCCACAGACUCAUCAGGCCUCUAUCUCCUACACGGGACCUACGGAGAGACUGCCCAGUGAGCCUGAAGAGACCCCUCCCCGACCUUCGCUCUACAGGAGAAUAUUACGCAGGCUUGCUUCAUUCUGGGCACAGCCACAGGAUGCCUUCUCCCGAGAGGUGAGCCCAGAGGUCUGGAAAGAUGUACAACUGUCCACCAUUGAACUGUCCAUCACAACCCGAAACAGCCAACUUGACCUGAUGAGCAAAGAAGACUUUAUGAAUAUUUGCAUUGAACCCGAUUCUGUCAGCAAAGGAGACUUCAUAAUCAUGGGAAGUAAGAAGAUGAGAGACCCUAGCCUGCGAGCAGCUGGUACGGAGUGUCUCCAAGCCAGCCACUGCACGCUGCUACUUCCCGAGGGAACCCAGGGCUCCUUCAGCAUUGACAGCGAGGAGUAUGAAGCCAUGCCUGUGGAGGUGAAGCUGCUGCCCCGGAAACUGAAAUUCUUCUGUGACCCACGGAAGAGAGCGCAGAUGCUGCAGACGGCAUCCCCGUGAGCCGCCAGAUCGAGGCGCUUCGAGCCACCUGUGGGACCACAAGGGGACGGACGGUGGCUUCAUCUGUCCCCAGAGUGUUGUCGCAGGAUCCCAAGGGAAUGUUCUUGGCAAGUACUCCUGCCCCUCCUCCUGUGGUGCUUCCUAGCACAAACACGGCAGCCAGCCAGCCAGCCGGUGACCAACAUCCUGUUAACCCACGCCUUCCUUGUGUUGUGAUAGUUGAUCCCCCUACAUAGUGGUUUCUCAGGCCGUCACUCCUGCACUCCAUGAGCUCUCCCCGCAGUGGAGAAUGGGCUGUGUAGACUCAGCUGCUUCCUGUUGCAGGCUCUGACUGUCCCAGGGCAUCCCAGGGAAGCCGCUGCCUUCUGGGCUGCCAUGGGUGCUGUUCCCCCACCCCCACAUUGGCCGGUGUCAGUCUGGAAAGCAGAUGUGAGGUUGUUCCCUUUCCAGCCCUGGCUAACGUCAAAUGCUACUCAGACAAAGUAGUGCUUUUUCACUGUUAGCUUGUCCUGUGUGCGACUGAGGCCACCCAAUCUGGCAGGCGGAUCCCAGGUGCAUCAACCAGACCUGGAGCACGUAUUUUAAAAAGACUCCAUAAACCUGCUUUUCCCAAGUGUAUUAUAUAUAUAUGUUUUUAAAAAAUCACGAAUUCAUGUUGUGACAUCUGUCAUUUUCCACUUGGUGUGUAAAUACUGUUGUUUAAAAAUAAAGUGUUCCAUCAUUCUUUUAAACAUAUCCAGU